AUGGAACUCUGCUGGAGAGCGUACUUUCUGCUAGUGCUGAAUGUCGUCGCGGCAUUCGCCCAAGGCGAAGUGUUCAGGGAGGACUUGAUACUACAUCCACUUCGAGAUGGGAAGCUGCAGGCUCGGCUCUCCUUUACGACUCUUCUGAAAGGGGCGAUUCUUAGAAACCCACAAGCUCUGGGCAGUGACGACGAAGGGCGGCAUUAUACCCUCUUCCCGCUCGCGCUCGGACAGUUACUUCGUGAACAUGCAUGGAACUACGACCGCUGGAGGUAUCCUGAUCAAAUGGGAGUCGGAACGGGCCCCGAGUUGUGGGUGUGGAUGGGCGACACGGCUCCGACAUCGGUACGGUGGCGGGGACUGAGAAACCUGCUAGUCGGACUCUUCUGCGCGUCUCUUGGACACCUAGACGAACAGCGCACCACCUCCCUCACCUUCCAGCCCAUGCGUUCUCCCCCCAAUUUCACUCACCCAUAUCAACUCCGGCAUGCAUCGCUGCCUUCAGAGCACGUCUGCACGGAGAACAUGGUACCAUUCCUCAAGCUCCUACCGUGGAAGUCCCUCUCGGGCAUCGCGAGCCUUCUAAACCCGCACAAGGUGUUUGACGCGGGCUCGGCGUGCAUGGCCUGCCCUGUCGCCCGGGUGAACAAAGUCUGCGUGGAGCUUCCUAGCGCAGCGCUAUACAUGAUUAGCCCAGGGCCAGCCGAUGUGUCCGGCAGCAUUGCGAUGUAUACGGUCGACUCGGCGCAGGAAGCGCUCGAUAUGUCUAUGCGAUGGCCGGACGAGAGCCGUUUCGAGUAUCCGAGAACGUCGAGCGCGCCGCCGCUCACUGAUGUUUCCGUGCGCCGAAACCUCAAGGGCACCAGCGAAGCCGAGGCGCGCAUAAUGCUAGACGUUACAAACAACUUGUCCGCUCAGGUCAGCGUUGGGUACCUCGAGACCAUGCCCUGGCACCUCCAAUUUUAUCUGCACACCCUGAGUGCACACAUUGGUUGGGCUUCGCGUGAUGAUCUCGUAAACAUCCUCUCAUACCCCACCGAUCCCCCACUCCCGCCCGGCGCUCCUGCAGGCGGUGCUCACCCUCCCGCCACAUGUGACGCCACACCUCUCGGUGGACGUCUCCAAGCCGUUCCUGCGGUACUACAAGCCCCCCCCCCCCAGACGCGCAGCACGGCUGGGACCUCUCUCCUGCUGUUCUUGCCCCCUUUGCCUUUGGGGACGCAACGAGACCGUCGCAGGAGAUUCACUCGCUCUUGGCCUGUGAUGCUCGUGAACCUUGCCACGCCGGACAUCAACAUACCAUACAAUGUCAUCAUCAUGAGCUGCACGCUGAUCGCGCUCAUUUUCGGCUGCGUCUUCAACCUGCUCACGCGGCACUUUGUCGUCGUGCAGGUCGACGCAGACGCGUACCCUGCGCCGGAGAAGCCGGCUGCCGUUGCGGAAGACGGUGCCGAGGACGGGGUGCCGCGGUGA